GGGAUCAUGAGUACAGCGAGCAACUCUUAAACCCUAAACCUCCAUCGCUGUAAGGUGUGGUGAGUUGCAUCAAUGGAGGAAGGAAGGUCGAAGAAAAGCUUCCCUGUAAAACCGAAGCUGAAAUCAAAACCCAGAAAGCCAAAGCAAACCCCGGAAUCCAAGUACUGGUCUUCCUUCAAGACCCAAGAAAUCCCUAAACUCAUCUCUGUUCCGUCCCUCACAUUCUCCCCCACACCCCCACACUCCUUCGCCGCCGCCCACUCCGCCUCCCUUACCAUCUUCAGCUCCCAAACCCUCUCCCCCACCGCCACCAUCUCCUCCUUCUCCGACGCCGUCACCUCCGCUUCCUUCCGCUCCGACGCCCGCCUCCUCGCCGCCUCCGACCUCUCCGGCCUCAUCCAAGUCUUUGAUGUCAAGACCCGCACCCCCCUCCGCCGCCUCCGCUCUCACACCCGCCCCGUCCGAUUCGUCCACUACCCCAUCCUCGAUAAGCUCCACCUCCUCUCCGCCGGCGACGACGCAAUCGUCAAGUAUUGGGACGUCGCCGAGGAGACUCCGGUAUCGGAAUUCCUCGGCCACAAGGAUUACGUCAGAUGCGGCGAUUCUUCCCCCGUUAAUUCCGACAGCUUCGUUACCGGUUCCUAUGAUCACCUUGUUAAGCUCUGGGACGUUAGGGUUAGGGAUUCGAAAUCGUCCCUGCAGGUGAACCAUGGGGCGCCCGUCGAGGACGUGGUUUUCUUGCCGUCGGGAGGGAUGGUUGCGACGGCGGGAGGGAAUUCCGUAAAGCUAUGGGACCUGAUCGGCGGUGGGAAGCUCGUGUUUUCGAUGGAGAGUCACAACAAGACGGUGACGUCGAUCUGCGUGGGCCGAAUUGGGAAGGAUUCAGGGGAGGAAUCAAAUCAGUUUAGAAUUUUGAGUGUUGGGUUGGAUGGGUACUUGAAAGUGUUUGAUUAUGCCUCAUUGAAGGUUACUCAUUCUAUGAGGUUCCCUGCACCUCUUUUGUCCGUCGGUUACUCGCCGGAUUGCUCCACGAGGGUGAUCGGGACUUCCAACGGGAUAAUCUAUGCUAGCAAGAGGAAAAUGAAGGAAAAAGAAAAUGCGGAGAAUGAGUCUAGUUUGUUUUGGAGAAUUAGGCCUGUGGAGCACACUGAGAAGCAAGUGUUGAAGCCUUCACAUUUUAGGUAUUUUCAUAGAGGUCAAGGAGAGAAACCAUCUGAGGGUGAUUACUUGGUUAUGAAGCCCAAAAAAGUGAAGUUGGCUGAACAUGAUAAGCUGUUGAAUAAGUUUAGGCAUGGGGAAGCUUUGGUGUCUGUGUUGGAGAGUAAAAAUCCUGGGAAUGUGUUGGCGGUGAUGGAGGAAUUGGUGGCUAGGAAGAAGUUGUUGAGGUGUGUCUCGAAUUUGGAUUCGGAUAAGCUGGAACUGCUCUUGGUGUUCCUGCAAAAGUACUGUACCAUGCCAAGGUAUUCCAGUCUGUUAAUGCGGUUGACCAAGAAGGUUCUUGAAAUGAGAGCUGAGGAUAUUAGAGCUUCUGAGGCCCUCAGGACUCAUAUCAGAAAUCUCAAGGGCUCUGUUGAGGAGGAGAUUCGGGUUCAACAGUCAUUGCUAGAGAUACAGGGUAUAAUUUCUCCCUUGUUGAAGAUUGCUGGAAGAAGAUGAAAUUUUGGCCUUCUCUCGUCAUCUGUGAGCUGGUUUUGUUCACCUAUUCUGUAUUUUUUUUAGUUUAAGGAUGUCAUUUUUAUUUUUGUAAUUUAAUUCAGGUCAUUUCAGUUUCUUGAGAUUUUUUAUGGGAAAUAUGUGCCUUGGAAAAUACCAGGAAAUGUUUAAAAUUUUUGCUAGUGUUAAAGGGACUCUACUUAGACUUUCAUCUAUAGUCUCGUUUGGAACCUAACCUGCCUAUAAUUUUUGUUUUGUAUGAUGUUCCUCAAAACUUGCAUAUCUUUUAGUUUAUGAAUUGGAGGGUAGGCUCGGUUUGACAAGUAUGUUUACACUUCGCAUUAUGAAGGAUAUUUUUCCA